AUGGGGAAUUGCUUUACUGUUUGCAAAUCCAGUAAACAAUCUUGCAUCAGUGUCAAAACAGCCAAGCACCAGAAAGUGUUGAGGGUUGUGAAGAUGGAUGGCAAGAUGUUAGAGUUCACAGCGCCUAUUCUUGUUAAGAAUCUCUUGGUAGAUUAUUCAGGCUCGGGUGUUGGUGUGUCCAAGGAAGCUUCUCACCAUCUUCCUCCUAACUAUGAACUGAAGUUGGGGAGAAGUUACUAUCUUCUUCCUAUAACAGGUUCUGUUUCUGCUUCUAGUCCUGCUUGUGUUUCAUCCAUGAAUGGCACCGAACAAAAUGGUGUCGUUAAGAGAAUUAAAGUGGUCAUAACAAAGAAACAGCUUGAGGAGUUGUUGUCGAAGCAAAUAUCAGCCGGGGAUGUUCUCUCGGAGCUUGAGAGAGAAACAUGUCCAAUUGAUUCUUCAUCAUGCUGGAAACCGAAGCUUGAAUCCAUUCCAGAAGGAAACGAGUGA